AUGAUUUGCAUAAAAUGUGGUUGGUGUAAUUCCCAAAUUUACACCAUUUUUGACAAAAGGAACAUAAAACUGAACGAAUGUCAUAACUGUAAUAAAAUAUGUGAUGAAUAUAUAGAAAAAAAUACUUUUAUAAUAUUUAUGAAUAUAUUAUUUUUAAGACCAGAAAUAUAUAGACAUAUUAUUUUCAAUAGAUUAAAAUAUAGUGAUAAAUUUAUACAUGUAUUUUUUUUUAAAAUAAUAAUAAUAUUUUUAAUAAUAAAUGUAUAUUUACAUCCUAAAUUUGAAAAUGAUUAUGAAAAUAAUAAUAAAUUUACAAAUAUAUUUUUAAUGAAUACAGAUUUAGAUAUAUCUAUUCAAAAUACAUUACCAAGUUAUAAUUGUUCUUCUUAUACAUUAUUUACAUAUAAAUAUAAUGAAAAACAUAAUUUAUAUGGUUUAUAUAAUAUUUUUCAUAAUUCAAAUAUAUCAAACUUAGUUAAUAUAUAUAAAAACAAUCUUUUAACUUGUAUUUUUAACAACAAAUUUAAAAAUAAACAUAUAUGUAUACCAAAUAAAUAUAAUAAAUACUCUAAUCAUGAUGAAUGGAUUAUAAAUUUAUUAUUACAUAAUAAUAAAAAUAGACAAUUUAAUACUCAUAAUGGACAUAAAUACAAGGUUAUUGGGAAUGGCAAGAUAGAUGAAAAAAAAAAAAAAAUAAUCAUAAAAAAACAAGAAAACGUUAAUAAUAUUAUAAAUGCAAAACAAAUUACUAGCGAUAUUAAUAUACCGAAUACAAAAAGACAAUAUGGAAUAACAGAUUAUCUCGAAAAAGGUAUAAAUUUUAUUAAAAAUAGAAUAAAAUAUGAAUCAAUUUUUUAUGUGAAAAAAAGGAAAACAUUGCUAAAAAAUAAUCUUAUAACCUUUAAAAAUUUUGAUGAAUACACAAACUUGAACCAAACAAUAAAUGUGCUUAUAUAUGAUCAUAAUAAAGGAUAUAAAAUAAUUUUUGAGCAUAUUGAAAAUAAAACAUAUGAUAUAAUAUCCUUUUUACGUAAUAUAUUUUUUUAUGAACCAAAUUAUACUCUCAAAAAUAAUUAUUUAAAAAAUGAAGAAAAUGUCUACAUACAAAAUUAUAGUAGCAAUGAUAUUUGUGAUAAAAAACAAAAAUAUGAAUUUAAUGUUUUUGAAAAAAAAUGUUCAAUGUGUUAUGAAUACGAAAAUAGUGAAUAUAAUAUAAAUGGCUUAGAACAUAUUUGCCCAUAUUUUUUAAAAAAUAUAAGUUUAGUUCUUGAUAAAACUAAGAUGGAAAAAAAUAUAAAGGAUAAAAAAAAUAUGGAUCAAAACAAUUUUAGUGUUGAACAAAUUAGUAUGUAUUCCAAAAUUUUAUACUCAAAUUUAGACAACGAAAAAUAUAUUUUAAAAAUAUGUAAUUCAUCAUUCUCAUUAAAAAAAUUAAAAUUUGUAACAAUUAAUUAUUUAAUAUAUUUUUUACUUUUAUGUGCAUUUACAUACUUUUUUAAAUUAUAUCAACAAAGAAAAUAUAAAAUAAAUAUUACUAUGGUUAAAUAUAAUUAUCUAUUUAUGCUUUUUAUAUUAAGUAAUUAUCCAUUAUUUAUAUAUUUUAUUUUAAAGAUAUUUAAUUAUAAUUACAUAAAUAUAUAUUUAAAUAUCUACACACUUGUUUGUAACAUAAUAGCUUAUCAUAUAUUUAUAUCAAAUGAUGGAAAUUACAUUUUUUAUUCUAUAUUUUCUGUAUUAGCUAGCUACUUAUUAAAAACUUUAUUUAUGAUUCAAAUAAUCCCUUAUAUUUAA